GUUUCAAGGCUGAUGUUUGCGUCAUGCAUUCCAAGUGCUAUUUCAAUGUUCUUUCCUGUUUAGGUUGUUUUCUACUAGAGGAGCUGCAGCCCUGUCCCUGCCCUGUCCCACCCUCUCAGCCCCAGUCCUUCCUUCCUUCCCCCAGACUCGUUAUCUAUUGAUGCAUUCUGUACUGAUGGUCAAAUCUGCCUGCUGUUCUUUUCGGUCAGGAAAGAUGAAACUUCUCACAAGAUAACAGUCUGAUUUUAAACUGGACAAAGUAUUGCUGUGCAGUUACUUUCUUAUUGGCAGGAGAGUCAAUGCACCUGGUAUUCUGGGAGUUGAGACAACUUAAGGAAGUAUCCAGUUGUUGAAGGAACUGUUGACUGUGAAGGGGACAAUAUUAGUCAAGAGCCGAGCAGGCAGAAAACCUAACUCUUCUGGGGUUGCAACUCGCUCAAAAUGCUUAUGUUUGACCGUUUGCCUGGCAAACAAGACCCAAUGGAACCCGUUUCAAUGCCAUUCCAGCAGGGGUACAGGGUCCGAAUAAAGAACGAUAUUAAAUCUGAGAAUAAACACAGCGUUAUUUACUCACCGUUCCACGGCUGCCACGGUGGACUCUUCCAAUCACUUGAGGCUAGUGGAAGCCAAAUCGAACCAGUCGAUCUUUCGUUGAACAAAAGACACUCUCCACAUAUGUCAAGCUCCCCGUCGUCCCCCUAUUCAAUGACUAUGCUAACUUCUGCAUCUCCUACGAUGAGCAAAUCACAUUGCAGUUCACCCAAUAAGAGGUCACCUCAGCCUCCUAUCAGCAUGCCAUUAACCAUCCCUACAGUUCUCAGUGGUCCAUUGUUAUCCCGCUCUGGAAUCCCAGGCUCGGGCUUGUAUCCGGUUAUUCAUCCAGUAGUCGUACAGCCUGUUGUGUACACGCAACCCAUCAUGGUGCCCACUAUGAUAAAGGAUGAAAUGAGAAAUAAUCAACAAGAUGCUCUUAUGCAAUGUGCAAUUUCUGGUGCUCGACAUAUUUCCAGGCAACAGCACAUGCAACUUUGUAACCAUCCACGUGGAGGUCAACUGCUUCAUUCUGGUGAACAAGAUCCCAUGAUGAUGAAAGUGAUAAAAUGUGAGCAAGAAUUUGAUUCAGAUAGCUGCAUCAAUGAGGUAUCUUCUUCAGCCCUCAGUCCUAUGCAGUCAAUUAGGUCACAUGAGAGCCAUAAACCUUCCGUAAUCGUGCACGCUGUAUCAAGACCGCACCCAGUUGAAUCCCCAGACACACAGAAGAAGCGUCGCAUACACAGGUGUGACUUUGAUGGAUGCAACAAAGUUUACACAAAGAGCUCACACCUCAAGGCACACAGACGGACGCACACAGGUGAGAAGCCCUACAAAUGUACUUGGGAUGGUUGCACGUGGAAAUUUGCCCGCUCAGAUGAAUUAACCCGGCACUAUCGCAAGCAUACCGGUAUCAAGCCUUUCCAGUGCCCUGACUGUGAUCGCAGCUUUUCCCGUUCAGACCAUCUCGCCCUGCACAGAAAGCGACACAUGCUGGUCUGAGCCUGUCAUCUUUCACUGUGUAAGCCAGGCAGGAUGCAACUAAACUCUUCCCUUUACUUAACCAAGCUUCAGCUGGGCUGAAUCCUUCAACAAAUGAACUCUCUCUCAUGUAGUCAGUAUCUGAUGUACAAACAAAACUCUUUUUCUUGUUAUAUGCAGGACUUAUGUUUUAACAAUAUGAAUGUCUUUAUGUUGAUGCAUAGCAUUCUCCAUUGUAUGUAUGGACUGAGUAAUUUUUUUAGGUAUAAAAUUACACACUUCUGUCAUCCGAUUUGUUUGUUAAAAUUGUCGGUGUAUCAGUUGAUUAAUAAGCCUUUAUAGUCUUGCCAGUGUAGAAUGCUGCUGUAUGCCAUUUCCUUCGUCAAAACCACACCUCAUUCAAAAUGUUUGGUUUUUUUUUGCAAAACGUGAUUGAUAUUUUUUCAUUAUUCAGACAAAUUUGGAAAGCAAAUUACAUUUUAGUUGUGAGGUUGGAGGCCUCCAGGAAAUUCCUGUGCAAACAACUGUGAAAGAAGGAAAGGCACUAAUCUGGAUUUGGAGGAACUUGCCAAUUUUGACCGACCUUUUUGACACAUUUCGGCAUUGCACUCACGUCCUUUUUCUCAAAUAUCAUUUGUCUGCUCUUCAGUGUUGAUAGUCUGUAGGUCCAUCUCUUCUGCAGUGAUGUCAACGUUUCAGUAUCAACAAGUUAAUGAAGUUAAGCACAAAGGUUCACCAACAAUGGCUUCUCUUUAUAUCAUUGCACCAUUGCAACUUUGUUUUAUUACUGACUUAUUUAUUGGAAAUUCUCUCGUUCAAGCAAUGUUCUUUUUCCUAAGUGCAAGUUUCAUACUUUCACUAGUGGAGCUCAACCCAUCCUGGAAGUCAACCUGUCAAGUUCCCUAGAGUUCAUAAAAAUGAGGUUUGGAUACAUAAUCAUUGCUCUGAACUAUACUCCAUUUUCUUUCAUUUGUGGUCAAGUUACCUUUUGUAAUUUGAUUGGACUUGUGACCAACUUAAGAAGUAAAUUAAGAGUUUUUCCACCUAAAUUAAUUCAAAUUACAAAAGUCCUCUUAAAGAAUCUGUCUCUUUAUUGGACAAACAUUAUCAAACACACAAAAUGGUCAGAAAUUGAAAACAUUAAUAUUUUAUUUAAAGAAUUGAUUAUAUUUUGUCAGAUAAUAAUUUGACUCCUUACUGGGAGAAUUAGAUAACAGGAAUAUUGUGAAUUGAAUUGACAACUUCUAAACGUGAUUAUAUGUUUUCCAUUCGCCAAUGAAUCAUAUUAUCAUUGUUGUCUCUAUUUCGGAUAAUAGUCAUAAAAUGACCCAACCAUAACAAAAUUCAUUAAUUAUCUGUGAGAAAGGAAUCAGCUUCAAAGAAUUCUGCUCCACCCUUUCAUCCAUAUACCCUUAUACCAAGAGCUUCCUAAUCUAUAAUUAUACCAGGGCACUUGACAUAUGCCUUUGGCAUGUAGACGUAAAUUCAUUGAUAUAUUGUUGGCUUCAUAAUAUAUAAAAUGACACAAAAGAUGCUGUCUCAAAUCAUGCUUAGGAAACCCUAAAAUGAUCAUUGGGAAUGAAGAAUUCAAGAAUUUGUGUGCGAAAAUGUAUUCCGCCAAAUAAGGUACUUUGUCAAAGCUCAAUUGUUUUCACUUAUUGCAAUGGCUAUAACAUUUAAUUUUAGUUACUUUAAGGUAUUUGGGGCUAGUUAUAUUAAGCUGCUUAAAAAAAAAUCAUCUUUUAAACUUUGGUGUAAAUAUUUUUAUUGCUGGUUUAUUGCAUCCGGUUGGUAAGUUUUUAACAUAUUUACGUAUAUCCAAUUGAACGAGCAUAGUAACCUAAGGCUGAUACAGGCCUUGCCCUGUGUAAAGUUAUACUACCGGCCAUUGGAAAACAUUCUGUAAUGUGGUUCAUUAGAUUCCAAUUUUAUUAAUUUGUGCAAAUGUUGAAAAGCAAAGUUCAAUUGCCAUGGCUGUAACUUUUCAAAUAUAUCAUUUACCAACUCUCCAAUAGUUCUCGGUAGAACUUUUAAAGCAACACAAAAUAUUUUAAGUGAACAGCAAAUCAAAAUGUUAGCCUAAGCCCCAGCAUGGCUUCUGUGAACACAGGCUGUAAAUCUCUGUAAAUCACAGGCUGAUGCCAUAUACAUGUAUAAAUCACCUUGACCUUACAAAUCUAUAAUGUAAAUAGACAAAUAGUAGACCAAGCUACAUUCCAUGUUCACACUUUGUAAUAUGGAUUAAUGACCACUGCAGCCAAUUUGAAUAUGUAUUUAGAUUAAUAAUGCACUUUAAUGCGUACCAAACAUUAUAGAUCACGUUCAGAUCCUUUGAUAUAAUUUGGAGUGCAAUGUUUAUUUCUGCAGAUCAUCUAAUGGCUCAGCUGGUGAAAAUUUUAAUUAGUUUGGAAUUGAGCCACACAAAACCAGCGAAAGCGCAAAUUCAAACACAAGACAUAAAGAAUUAAUUCAUCUCACCACAGGUAGCAGUAGAGAUGCUCUAGUUAGCCUCAAUAUCUUUGAAUAAAUUGGAAAAACAAUCAAAGCAGAAUUGACUGAAGCUGUGACAUAUAUGUAAGGGUAGAUGUCAAGUGACAUCAGAAUUGAGUUUGACUGUGGCCCACUGCCAUUCACUGUCCACAUUUGAAUGGCUACUUCGGAAAGGAAUUUAAGAGAUGGAGGGGAGGAGGGGCAGAGUUGUGUAGUCAUACAGAACAGCAACCCAGCAACUCAAACCUUUAAGGAAGAAGAAUGAAAGAAACUUUGUUUUGUUUUAAUGAUUUCUGAAGACAGAUAAAUGUGUAUUGGAUCAUCAUAGUAUGGUGACAAAUAAAUAGUAGCUCAAUACUUUACCACAUAGAAAAUAAUACCUCUGGAGUUUAUCGUUUCAACUAGAUUGAGAAUGUUUAGUAAGAUGUAAGUGUACUAUGCACAACUUAUUUCAGAGUCACGAUCUGGGUGUGAGGCAUACCUACAAGGAAGUGGAAGUGCAUCACUGUAGGUGAUGCUGUAUAUCAUAAGCAAACGGUACAAAAAUCUGUGUAAUAGGAUAAAAAUGUUGAGGGCAUCAUAUUCAUAUACAUUUUAGAGAAUUAUUUUGGAUAAACAAGGGGCUGUGGAAUUGCUGAGAUAUGUGAACACAGCAUUUUGAGGCAGCUGGCCUGCUUCAUGAGUUGUAGUGAUUCUUCAGAUUUGUAUAAGAGUGAUGUGAUUUUCUAGAAGAUAGAGGUGUGGGGAACCUGCCUUAGAGUAGGACAACUUUCGAAGAAUUUAAAAUAAAAUGCACUUCAAAAUGAGUGCAAUCAGGUAAUAAUCACAGCACAAAUAAUAAAUGUUGUGAGUUUCUAUGAUUUUUUUUGUACAAAGAAAAGGUCUCUGCUUCUAAAGGUAAAAUAAUAUUUUUUUAAGAUUUGUAAUAAGGGUGUGAAAAGACUGAAAUGUCCUAUUGUGUGUUGUGUCAUAUACUGAGGUGGGAAGUGGGAUUUAGAUGGCAUACACAUUUUGAAUCAAUUCUUCUCAGCUUAAAUAUUUAAAAUGUGAAUUUUAACACUUUUUGUGGGGGAAAACGCAUUUUGGUUUAGAAUAUUGGUUUUGGGAAUAAUAACUAGGCAAUGUUAACAUCAAGAGGCUUUUAAGAAAACUCAAGAUGCUGAGCAGAUGAAAGAAACUGUAAAUAUGUUUGUUUUAGUUUCCUGAUGAUAUACAGUAGCUAUUACAGAUAGAACCUUAAACUGAUCCACAGAAAUAAUGUGUGAUGUAAUAGUCCAAAUUGGAACUAUUUUGCGUAUUAGAAUGAUACUGACUGUGUAUUACAUGCAAAUCCUAAAUUAAAUAUUUAUACUUCUUAAAAUGUACUCUUUUCAACCCUGACAUUAUGAUGGAGGCUUUCAAGACUUACAAAACUCUAUGAUAAAGAAAUAUUUGCAGUAUUUCAAAACCAAUCAGUCACAAAAAAUUUGUCCCUCAGUAUUUUUUCAACUGAUCUGUGAAUCUGGUAAUGUUCAACAGAAGAUGAAAUUCACUUUUACCAGCAAGAAUUCAUAAAACAAAAUGCUGUCACUAUGUAACAUUGUGACUUUAUGGACUCCUUUCUAUUAAAAAUUACUCGUUAUCCAUUUUUUUAACAAAACACAUGCAGAAAUAAUAAAUGUAGGAAUAAUAGUCAAAAGAUUGCAUUUCAAUUCGAACCUUUAGGAACACACCAGAGACUAUACUUAUUCCAGAUAUUGUUGAAAACAAAUAUUGGGAUUAACCAGAAGUGCUACCUUGAGCUAGUUCAGCAUGUAACUAUUACUUGUGUAUGAUGAAUUCAAACCAGAAGGUGAUUGGACCUACCUAUCAUUUGAAUUUUUCUUCCUCAGUUGGAUGAUUUCCAUGAAUUGGAAGUUCAUGGAAUUCCAUGAACAAUUCCGUAAGUUGGCACUGCAGUAGUAAUAACAGUCAUAUAGGCCAACGUACUCUGUUUUCCAUUUACCUCCACUUACUGCAAACCUUCCAACAACAGAUGGACAUAGGAGACACUUGCAAACUGAAAAAGAAAAUCAGUUCUUUAUAAAUACUAAGAUUUCCAAAGACACAUUUAGAGUCUUGAAAAGUAAUUACUGUAGAUAUUUUCUAAUCGAUCUGGUUAGGUAUGUUAUUAGACACCUCCAGAGCAGGUUAGAUUUGAACUCAGGCCUCCGGGCUCAUGUAGGGACACUACCACUGCACCAUAAGUUCCUAAGACAUUACUCUAAAAUAUUAUAUCCUAUUGCCCUCAACUGUGAAGAUAAUCCCAUCCAUUAUUUAGCACUUUUAUGUCUCAAUCUAUAAUUUUCUACUCUUUACUCGACUAGGAUUAUUUCACCUGCUCAGCAUCUCUGAAGACUCAAUUUGAAUAUUUCAGUUUAUUGUUGAAAAUUUAAGCAAUAAAUUGUGCUAAAAAUGUAGAACAAUAUAGAACUAUACUUCAAGGGAUAAUAAGACUAAUUCGGGGUUUAUAUUCAGUCUUGUUAAUUUUAUUUAAGUCAUACAAUAUUGUCUGCAGUCUAUAUAAUUAAGAUGUGAAAUUAUAAAGUUUUUUUAUAACUAUUUUGUCAUUUCUAGAUUGUCCCAUGGGAGUUUAGUAAUGACAUUUUGUCAUGUCAAACUGUGAACACAAAUUUGUACUGUACAGUCUUACUCUAUAUUCAAAUGUAUAUGUAUUG